ACAAAUUGUUGCAGUGGAUGUCUCGCAAUUAUGAGAAAAAAAUUAAUAGAUUACCUGUCGUCCGAAAGUUUGUAGGAACUGUGCUUACAUACAUAGGCCUACCACAAAUGACCAAAAAUGGCGGGCUUGUGGGCGUUGAUUUGGAAGGAAAACUGGUUUCUCUCUAUCACAAUGCUGGAAUUCCCAUGAUUUCCAGCGGCUUCAAGAUUGGAGAUGGUCUGUGUUGUGGUUCCAUAGACAAUCACUGUAUUCUGUGUCUUGACUUGAAUCGAUAUCUUGUCAUAUGAAUAGUAUCUCAGUGUCAUCACAGAUGGUAUCACUUUCAGCUGCAUUAUGACAUUUUCAACACAAACGGAAACACCAUGGACAAAUUAAACAUUUAAUAAGGCUCUGGUGUACAGUAAUUUCUUCAAAUUACUGUAGGGUCUAAAUUGUCAUUUCUGGUACUACUGGGGCAACACUGAAGAAAGUAUAAGGACUCAUCGAAUCAAUUUUUUUUAAAUAACAAAUUAUAUUUGCACUUGGCCCAUGAAACCAGGGAGGCAAACCCAUGGAUUUUGAGCCCAAAUAGAGAGCGCCCAGGCCCGGCUUGGCUACUCAGCUUGGCCCAUAGAAGCUUUAUCUAUAGCACAGUCUUAUCUGUUCAUUCUACAGACUAAAGCUCCAUCGACGACGCAUCGCCAGUUCUCCGUUUACGAAAGCUCUACCUCAUCAUCCUAGCCAAGGCAGCUCACUUCACGAACUCGUCACCCUACGCAACUCUCAGCUUCGAUUCUACCCACAGUUGGCUGCCAUUUUAUCUAAUGAUAUGUUAAAUUUGAAAUCUAGUUUUCUGGGCUAAAUCCUUAAGAGCCUUUUGCAGAAUAUUCUAUUUGAAGAGGAUCAAAGGAGAGAAUAGGCUGAGAGGGAAACAAAAAUGAUAAAAGCCUUAUCGAAUCCCCACAACAGGGAGAUGGCCAUCAGGAAGAGGAUUGCGAGCAUGUAGAUCUCUCUCUGCUUGAAUUUGUUAUUAGAUUCACGUGGAUGUGAUAUAAUAAACGAGAAGAUGAUUUUCCAUCAUUGAGAGAAUACAAUGAUUACUUGGAGGAAGUGGAGGAUAUGAUAUUCAACUUGAUUGAAGGAAUAGACAUACAAGCUAUUGAAGAAAAAAUUCAACAAUACCAAAAAGAAAAUGCUGAACUUAUAAUGAUCAAUCAAGCUCGAAAGGCAGAAGAAUUAGCUGCAGCUCUGGCAGCAAGCAAAGGAAAUCCUGCACAGAAUGAUAUUGAAGGGGCCCCAGGCCAGAGUUCUCAGGCAGGCAUUGCUGUUGGUACACAGGGACAAUAUGCUCCUACACUUGCUGGAGGGCAGCCUCGGCCUACGGGCAUGGGCCCACAACCAGUACCACUUCCAGGGGGCCUGGACACUCAUGGUUAUUCUUUUGAUGACGAGGAAAUGAUGAAGCUCCGAGCUGAGAGGGGUGGAUUGGCAGGAGGAUGGAGUAUAGAACUGAGCAAGAAGAGGGCUCUUGAGGAAGCCUUUUCAAGCAUUUGGAUUUAAUCUCUCAGCACAUAACCCUUAUGUAGUGAAGGCAUCAGGAUCGAUUGCCCAAACACAAUUCAUCAUCAGAAUAGAGUAACAAAUAUCUCUUCCUUCGGACUUCAACAUGUAGCUGAACUAGUUAUAAUCAUUUCAAAUGACAUAUUUCACACAUAAUUUGGGAGCAAAAGGACUGAUGCCCUCAUGUAGGCUAUGUAACAAAGUAUCAUUUCCACAAAUUUGCUUACAAAACCCAUUAAAGGUUAGUGAUAAAUUUGCCUUUUCAUUGGUCUAUGAAAGAACGUUAUUGUCACUAUGAGAUGAUAAUGUCUUUGUGAAGAACAAAAAAAUUGAAAGAUCCAUUAAUAUGAGAUUGCAAGUUUUUUGAGUGUAA